UACUUAGCAGUCAGCCAAGCUCGACAUUACCGUCUUUCAGCCCGGUCAACGUUCUUGCAACUGAUGCUCAGCUAUUGAUCUGAGCAGCUACAACGAUUCACUAGACUUCAACACUUGACUUCAAGGUGUCCUGUCAGUCUACACAACCUACCUGACACCACGCGCUGAGUGUGACUGACUACGAGGCGAGGAUCGACUAGGCACCCAACGCCGCUAGCUUAUGUAUGUAUGCUCCAUCCAUAUAUGCGUUUGAUGGCCACGUCCUCCAAGCAACAAAUAAUACUCACUGCGCUUUGGACCUUGUCUUUCCCUGGACCAUUGAGGACGUUGUGCAUAUCCAAGCAUGGCAACUCCCGCUAACGACUUGGAACACACAGAACCUGGAAGUCAACCUUCUCUCCAGACACCUUAUAUUACUGUCAACGACCCAAACGCCCAUGCUACAAUGGCACGGUCCACCCCCAAGCGUCAUCCUGUAGAGAUGCCAAACGCCCUCGACGACAGUAGCUACGAUCUUAUGUCCUCUUCGGAGAUCUCCCAGGCAUCUUCUGACGAUGGUCAAACAACGUCCGUGACGUCCGCUGACGACCAGGCGGCAGAUGAAGUUAGAAGUAUCAGCUCCGGGGAUGAAGAAGAAGACGAGGACGCUGUGCAUGAGGAAGAAGUUGUCGAUGGGACUAUGCUAGCACAUCGUACUCCAUGCGAGUCCAUGGUUGCGUCAGAAGGAAUAGACAGUGUGCUAACAACUCGAGCGUUAUCGGAGCCUAGCAUUCCGGCCUUGUCUAUCUCGGAGACCAAGGUUGAACUCGGACAUGAAAAUAUUGAUCUACUCCAAACACUUUUAGAGUUGGAUACUACGAGCAUGCCAGAACAGCUCAAGGGCGUUGGUUUUCCUUUCGUCUCUCUAUCCGUCGGUCAGCACCUAGCGAAAGAUCAUAUCCGCCUGCAUCGCCCAUACCGGCUCUUGUAUAUCGGAGAUGCAAGCCUCAAGCAGCCUGUCAUCGAAAAGGUCAGCGCGGCCCUCGCAAUCAGCAACGGCUUCGCCUUCGACAUACAUGACGAAGAAGUCACCGACAUACAUUACGUCGCCAAAGGACAAGCGAGUCACACCGAUUUGGUUAUCGACGAUUCAAAGCGAGCUUUGAGGAUAGGAGUUGAACAGUCAGGUAUACUCUCGACUGGAUAUCCUUCUACCAGUGAGAUUGUUCCAGACUUAGCGAUAUUCUGUCAUACGAAUGAGGAAUUUCUUCGGGAUCCCGAUCCCAUCUACUCUAGUCGAGCUCGUGUUGAUUUCGCGUACCGGGCUUUGGCUAGGCAGGGCAUUCCAUGUCUCCACACAACUGUGGCAGGGCCUCUGGAUGGAUUCGACCGACAUCACGCUGUGCCGAAAUACUUUCGCUUUAUCCUUGAAGGUCGCAUGGGUCCAGAUGGAGAUAGCGCUCAAGUCUGUGAACCAUACCCCGUGAGCAUCGACUACUUCCUGAGCAUGAGUAACUUCAUACUUAACAAACAUCUUGCGUUCCUCUUCUCCCUGCCCAAGACUUACGAAAAGACCUUGCUAGGAUCGUUUGGCGCCUGGAAACAGAAGCUUCCAAAGACAGCGAGGGAACAUUGGGCCCAAUCUACUGUCUCUCAACGUCUCCAAGCAUUGGGAACAAUCAUUAUGACCCUCUUUGUCGUGGUGUCGCCCAUACUUAUGCUGCUGCAACCGCCCAUUCCAUAUGCCACUGAACACUAUCAGCAAAGCUCAAACCUAAAGUCUCCCGUAUCUGUCGCCGUCACCACCCCGACUGCAAUAGCUUCGGCAACAACUGCCGCUGUGACAGGCCUAGCACCAACGUCAAAGUCAUUGGGGAAGCCUCUACGUGAUAUGACGUCCGCCACCGCAGGAUGUAACGAGACGGUCAGUGUCAAGCUGCACGACCGCCGCCAACUGGUCUUCACGACCCCUGGCUGCUGGGCAGAAUUGCGACGACGUCCGAGCAUCAAUAUUAAGGUCUCUCAUGGACACUGGAAUGUAAAAGUGAACGUGCCGAGAAAGCACGAAGGGCCUUACACUUUGGUCUUGGAAGACUUAGCCAAGGCAGAUGCGGUCAACGUGACAGUCUGGACAACUUCAAAACCUCUCAUCAACCAGACGACGGAGAUCAGCCUUCGUCGUCCAUGGUUUGGCUCCAGGCUUUUCCUGCAAGCUACAAGGCGCGCUAAGUCGUUCGGUCUCAAUUCAACAUCUGCGUCGACAAUCAUAAAUGAGUAUAAAGCAGUUGUGGACGGGUGGCUCGAUAGCGCAUCAGCAAGGGCCAGGACUGAAGUGAUGAAGAAGACAACAGCCUUUCGGCAGCGCAUCGUCUCGGGCAUAGCCGUCACUACGGACGCUCGCAUUGGGCAAGCACGGAGGAAUGCCGAUCGCCUUAUCAGGAACUUGAAGGGUCUGAAGGAUAUACUGAUCAACAAGACUGUUGAGUAUACUACCUCUGACCCAUUUGAGCAAGAACAUACACGUCGACCGGAUCGGAAAGCUCAGCAGGCUGGAAAGCUGUGGAAGAAGGCCAAUCGGAAAGAAGGAUGAUCUGGUAGGCUUUGAACGGGUUGGCGUUACCCCUGAUUUUAUUUGUCGAUCGUUUUGAAGUAUCAAUUGGGCAUGCUCUCGGUGCCAUGGACGGAUUUUGAAGAUACCUAGCUUGAGCGGUUCAAGUAACAAUUUGGGUGCCUGACUCUGGCGUUCGUUUGAUAGUCGUCUGAGCUUGCAUCUCAUUCAUGUUGAACUCGAUCAUGUCGUUUGAGUGAGCUAUCACAGUAUUAUGAAUGAAGCUAUAGCGAAUGAAUUAUAAUGCUGGUGCGACAGAGCAGAAGUUGAACCACGAUGCUAG